UCCAUAUCCACAAAGAAAUUUGUCGGCGCUUUUUCCAGUCCUCCCCAACAUGAAAGACUUGGCACAUGCUCGCUCAGUACAGUCGCCGACUACCGAGACCGGCCCGGAUGCGGGGUUCGCAUGUGAAAUCCACAACUGUUCAUAACCGUGAAGACCUGGUUAUUGGAACUUGCUCUGUACCUUCACCUCCUCGCAUAUCUCAGAACUAUCGUCAUGUCUGCAGCACGCUCGAAGAUUCUUCAGCAGAACGACAAUGAUGUCGUUAUUGUCGCUGCGGUCCGUACGGCGAUGACAAAGGCGAGGAAGGGAGGCUUCAGCAACACACGCCCGGAAGAGCUGCUGUCGCACGUCCUGCGCGCGGUGUACAAGAACGUCAACCUGGACCCCAAGCUGAUCGAGGACGUCGCGGUUGGCAACGUUCUCCCGCCGGGCGGAGGCGCUACGCAGGCGCGCAUGGCCGCGCUGCACGCCGGCAUCCCCAACACGAGCGCCGUGAACACCGUCAACCGGCAGUGCUCGUCAGGCCUGACCGCGGUCAACCAGAUUGCGAACGAGAUUCUCGCGGGGGAGAUUGACAUUGGCAUUGGCAGCGGCGUCGAGUCCAUGACCUUUGGCUACGGCCCCGGCGCGGCGCCCGACGGCUACUCGGACGAGGUGCUCAAGACGAAGGAGGCCGAGGACUGCCUGAUCCCCAUGGGCAUCACGUCCGAGAACGUCGCGGCGGACUUUGGGAUCGGGCGCGCGGAGCAGGACGCGUUCGCGGCCAAGUCGUUCCAGAAGGCGGCGGCGGCACAGAAGGCGGGCAAGUUCCGCGCGGAGAUCGUGCCCGUGCAGACGACGGUGAUCGACCCGAAGACGGAGCAGGCGCGGCCCGUGCUCGUCGACGCGGACGACGGCAUCCGCGACGGCGUCACGCCCGAGAGCCUCGCCAAGCUCAAGCCCGCGUUCUCGAAGACGGGGACGACGCAUGCGGGGAAUGCGUCGCAGGUGUCGGACGGCGCGGCGGCGGUGCUGCUCACGCGGCGCUCGGUUGCGAAGCGCCUUGGGCUGCCCGUGCUGGGCAAGUGGGUCGCGGGCGCGGUCGUCGGUGUCCCGCCGCGGAUUAUGGGUAUUGGCCCCGCUGUCGCCAUCCCCCGCGUCUUGGAGAAGACGGGCUUGGCGAAGGAGGACGUUGACUUCUACGAGAUUAACGAGGCCUUCGCGUCGCAAGCCGUGUACUCGAUCAAGAGCAUUGGCAUUCCGUUCGAGAAGGUCAACAAGCACGGCGGUGCUAUUGCCAUGGGCCACCCACUCGGCUGCACUGGCGCACGGCAAAUCGCCACCGGUUUGAACAUCGCCAAGCAGUACGGCGACAGGGUGUUCGUCACCAGCAUGUGCAUCGGCUCCGGCAUGGGUAUGGCCGCCGUCUUUGUGAGCGAGCAGUAACUUCUUCAACGAGCAGUAAGGUGCUUGCAUACGUCCUGUAACAAUUGGCUUUAUGGAACGUGUACACCAUAUUACCCGUGUAUAACACCAUCAUUUCCGAGCACGCC